CAUAUUCCCCUCUAUCUCACCUCCUCCUUUCUCUCCAUGUUUCCUCUCAAAUUCCAACUCAGUUUCAUCAAAUUGGAAAUAAAAUUCGUUUUUUUUUGCAGAAUUUUCAUUUGAAUCUCCUCGUUUCUUUCAUCUCGUUUUCUGCUAUAAUUCACCGAAUCGUACGGUUCAAAAGAGAGGGAGAAUUUCAGCAGGAUUUGAUCCAGUGAGAUGACGUCCACGACAACGAAUCCGGUGACUAAUGCGAAUUCCGAUCGGAGCAUCAAAAGGAAAAAGAAGAAGAAACCAUCGGCGGCAAUGUCAAAGGAGAAUCAACAGCAGAGCCACGCCAAAUGGAAAUCAGAGACCCAGCAACAAAUCUAUUCCUCAAAGCUGAUUCAAGCUUUGAGUCAAGUCAGUCUCAGCAGCAACACCAGCUCCUCUUCUCCUUCCGCUCCACGCCGUGGCCGAGCCGUGCGUGAAGCUGCCGAUAGAGCCUUGGCCGUCGCGGCUAAAGGCAGAACGAGGUGGAGCCGAGCCAUUUUGACGAGCCGUGUUAUGCUCAAGUUUAGGAAGCGCAAGAGAUGCAGAGGAUCUGCAGCUGGGACGGUGGCUGCCGUCACCGGGAGUAGCCGGUCGAGGAAACCGAGAUUUAGCGUCUCGAAAUUGAGACCGAAGAGUUUACCGACUGUUCAAAGGAAAGUCAAGUUUCUUGGCCGAUUAGUUCCCGGUUGCAGAAAGCAACCGUUGCCGGUUAUUCUUGAAGAGGCAACGGAUUACAUUGCGGCGCUUGAGAUGCAGGUUCGCGCCAUGAGUGCUCUCGCUGACUUGCUCUCUGGCUCCGGAGCCGCCAGCUCCAGCUCAGCACCGUCGCGGACCAGCCAGUGACUUCUAUUUCUCUCUUAAGUAAUCUCUCAUGUUAAAUACAUGUCUUCUCCAGUACUUUUCAUCACUUCUUCGUUUGAUCCCAUGUCUUUCUUAUAAAAAGAUAUCCAGCAUUUUUCCCCAUAUUAUGUACAAAACUAUUUCUCUGGAAAUAUAUUCCAAUAAGAAAAAUUGUAAAUGCUUGAUUUGUAGA